CUGGGAAUUCCUGGGCGCUUUAAGGAGAGGGGGCGGGCCCGGGGACGGUGGCCCCAGGAGCGGUUGUCGCGGGGAUCGGGCGGUGGCGCGGCCCGAGGGCGGAAGUGAGAAAGUUGCCGGCGCCCCGAGACGAGUUGGCGGAACUGCGCGCGGCGCGGCGAUGGGGGGUUCGGGCAGCCGCCUGUCCAAGGAGCUGCUGGCCGAGUACCAGGACUUGACGUUCCUGACCAAGCAGGAGAUCCUCCUAGCCCACAGGCGGUUCUGUGAGCUGCUUCCCCAGGAGCACAGGAGUGUGGAGGAGUCACUGCAGGCACGAGUGUCCUUGGAGCAGAUCUUCAGUCUUCCAGAGCUCAAGGCCAACCCUUUCAAGGAGCGAAUCUGCAGGGUCUUCUCGACUUCCCCAACCAGAGACAGCUUGAGUUUCGAGGACUUCCUAGACCUCCUCAGUGUGUUCAGUGAUACUGCAACGCCAGACAUCAAGUCCCACUAUGCCUUCCGCAUCUUCGAUUUCGAUGAUGAUGGGACCUUGAACAGAGAGGACCUAAGCCAGCUCGUGAACUGCCUCACGGGAGAGGGCGAGGACACUCGGCUCAGUGCUUCAGAGAUGAAGCAGCUCAUCGACAAUAUUCUGGAAGAGUCCGACAUUGACAGGGACGGGACCAUCAAUCUCUCCGAAUUCCAGCACGUCAUUUCCCGUUCACCAGACUUUGCCAGCUCCUUCAAGAUCGUCCUGUGACAGGAGCCACAGCCUGUUUCCCAGCACCCUGUAGAGUAACUUUGUCACUGCUGAGCUGUGGCCAAGGUUACGCCUGUGUUGCCAGGGCCGGCCAAGCUGGCCCAGUUGAGCUGGCACUGUGAAGUCUUGUCCCGGGCAGGAAAGGGCCUUCCAUGUCAGGGCCUCACCCCUUCUCACUGCCAUUGUCAUCGCUCUGUUUGUUUCUACUAAUCAAUAAUAAAGGUUUAGAAGUUUUGAUCCUA